UUGAAAAAUGCUCAGUGACAGGACUACAAUCGAAUGGCUAAUGGCGUACAGCAUGUUCGCCUAAGAAGGCGUGCCUACGUGCGCCAAGACGCUGCAAUACAACAGGCGUCAACCAUGUUGAUCCAGGGGAGAUACAAUGAGGCGCAGUUCCUAAACCGCGUGUCGAACUUUACCUUGUCGUUAUCCGACACAAUGAGAGCUGAGCGAGUGCGGCUAGCGGCAAUCCCUGGCAAUGAUGGGCGCCGUGUAGCAGCAGCAGAACCAGUCAUGCCACCACCACUUCUGCAAGCUGAGCAAAAUCAUCGUCCUGCCCCUGAGAUACAGCCACGAGCUGACCUCCCCGCUGGAGAUAGGGAACUUCCUCCUCCUGCAGCAGUAGUGGUCCCACCACCUCCUCCUCCUGCAGCAGCAGUGGCCCCACCGCCUCCGCCGCCUGCAGCAGUAGUGGCCCUGCCGCCUCCGCCUCCUGCAGCAAUAGCCGUACCACCGCCUCCACCUCCUGCAGCAGUAGUGGCCCCACCGCCUCCGCCUCCUGCAGCAGUAGUGGGCCCACAACCUCCGCCUCCUGCAGCAGUAGUGGCCCCACCGCCUCCUCCUCCUGCGAGCAGUAGUGGCCCCACCGCCUCCGCCUCCUGCAGCAGUAGUGGGCCCACAGCCUCCGCCUCCUGCAGCAGUAGUGGCCCCACCGCCCCCUCCUGCUUCCCCUGCAGCAGUAGUGGCCCCACCGCCUCCGCCUCCUGCAGCAGUAGUGGGCCCACCGCCUCCGCCUGCUGCAGCAGUAGUGGCCGCACGCCCCCUCCCCCUGCAGCAGUUGUGGCCCCACCGCCUCCGCCUCCUGCAGCAAUAGUCGCCCCACCCCCUCCGCCUCCUGCAGCAGUAGUGCCGCCCUGCCGCCUCCGCCUUCUGCAGCAAUACAGUAGUGGCCCUGCCGCCUCCGCCCUCCUGCAAGCAAUAGUCGCCCCACCACCUCCGCCUCCUGCAGCAAUAGUCGUCCCACCGUCUCCGCCUCCUGCAGCAGUAGUCGUCCAACCGCCUCUGCCUCCUGAAGUGCAAGCAGCUGGCCCUGCUGUUGCGCCACCCGCUUAG